AUGGAAGCACAACAGUUAAUGGGCUUCACCCUUGUCCCGGUACUUUCUAUCGAAUCAAUUCUUAUUAGGAGUGAGCACUUUCAGAUUGCUUUGAUAGGCUCAAUUUGCAAUUGGCUCGUCGUGAUUUCCAUUCAAAACAAUCGUUCGCUCAACUAUUCGUUCUCGCUUCUCACUGCGAAUCAGGCAAUAUUCAACGGUCUCCACUCGACCACGUUCCUUUUCUACGUAUUUCCGAUGGUUUCCCUGUUCGUCCGAAUCCGAACUCUCCUCUCCAAACCGAAGACUUCCAGAGAAUCUCAGUUCCUUCUUUCCCAUUCCCAUCACUGCGGCUUCUUCCUCAUGAUCUGCUACGAUGUGGCCAUGCAAUCGCACCUUCUCAUCACCAUCAACCGCUUCUGUGCCGUCUUCCAUCCGAUCGUUUACAAACGCUUAUUCAGGUGAACCCCACAAUCUCACAACACAAAUGAAUGCUCGGUUUUCAGCUCGAAAUGGACCAAGCGCAUCAUCUACCUCUCUCUCCUUUAUGCGCUAAUCGAACUCAUUUCAUUCUUUCAAAUCUGUACGUUCUUUCUUGUUUCUCAAAUGUUUUCAGUCGCGUUUUCAGUGCCGUGUAACAUUUAUUAUGACAGUGAACUGUGGGGAUUCGCGUACACCGACCUGCCCAUUUGCACGAGUUACGGUAUCUUCGGAGACUGCUUGAAGCUUAUCCUCAUGGCCAUUUUCAAUGUGAUCGUCGACUUCAUUACCAUUUCGAAAGUUCGCAAAAUGAGGAGAUUAAUGAGGAGAGGUCAAAGAUCGAGUGCAUUUCAGAAAAAGGAAAUAGCUUUUUUGAAACAGGUGAUUUUAUUCAGGGCUGGGGGGAGGCUGAACUUUCGACCUUCGUAAGAAUGCAGCUUUUUCGGUCUCUGAUCCACACAUCUUGGGAGCAGAUAAUCUGAUCGGUCUGAAACGUGCACCCAAUAUAAUUCAAUCCAAGCCUUAGUCAUCUGCAAAGAUUGGACACGAUUGGAUGAUUUCAAAUGGGUGAAAAAGUUGUGCCCUCAAAAAGCCUUCAAAAGCCUUCGAAAAGCCUUGUUUCGGUCUUGUGGCCAGUCCCUAAUUGGAUUGAGCGUGUUAUUUUCUGAAAGUGCUCCUUUCCAGUCAUUCAUUCAAGCCUUAUUCUUGUUGGUUUGCAUUCCCGGCUAUUAUCUCGUCCCCUUUUUCGUGCCCAGCAAGCCAUUGAGAUUCCUGACGGGCACAUUUUUUUGGUGUGCAAUACACGCUCUCGACGGGUUAGUCGUCCCAAUCAACACUUUUUCUGCAGAAUAUAAUUUCAUUUCAGAGCACUGGCUCUUUGUUUCAACGAGGAACUCCGCAAAUCACUCUCACGAAGUGGCUCCCAAUUGGGAGUUUCCUCUCUGAUGAUUCUCGAUGCAAAGUCGAGCACUCGAAUCUAGGGAACCCGACUUCUAAUCAGCUGUGUUUUCAUUGUGUUCGUGGUAUCUGAUUAGUCUGAUUUGACAGCGCCAUGAGAACAAAACAUGCAACCAGUCAGACCCUUUUGUUCAAUUCGUAACUGGCGCUUUCUCAAAUGCAAACUCAACAAAUGCUAGGUCUUCUAUUGGUCCCCGUGAGUUCAACAAUUAUAGUUUUCCAGUUAUCGUUCUGCUUUCAGUUCUCAUUGACCGGUGUUUUAUGCAAUUGGACAAUAGUUCUCGUCACGUGGAGGACUCGAAAUCUCACGCAUUCGUUCACAAUUCUCACUGCUAAUCAGGCGCUAUUUGAAGUCGUUCCUUCUUGUUUUCACUAAUUAAUCUUCGGCUCUAUUCCAGGGUUUGCACGCGCUGAUCUACUUUUUUUUCAUUUCUCCGAUGAUCGUUUUCGAUGUCCGAUUCCUGAUAACUCAUUCGUUUCACGUCGGCUACUUUAUCCUUAUCGUCUACGAUUCCUCAAUGCAAAUUCACUUUAUCAUGGCAAUCAAUCGAUUCAUCGCAGUUUUCACGCCAUUCAGAUAUAAAAAGGUGUUCAGGUUCGUACUUAUGAAAGGUAUUUUCCGAAAAAGUAAAAAGACAGACGACAUAAGAGAGUGCGCACGCAAUACCUGUGAUUUUGCCAUGGCGCACUUGCGCAGACUGGGCCGAUAAAGUACAAACCACUGACUGACUAACCGGCCAUCAUUUUAAGCUAAAAUUUUCAAUUCGGACUCAUCGAUUUGCAGCAAGAAGAAUACACAUCGCAUUUGUUUGCUCUCAUUUUCCGUUUCUUUCAUCAUCAUCACAAUAUUUUUCAAAAUUCGUGAGUUAAUGAAUGAGUCAGCCGACAGAAUGAUGUCAUUCAGUCGGAUGCCAGAUGCGAUAUUUGGAUGACUUUUGGGUCUUCGACUACUCGCAGCAGCCCGUUUGUCUCUUUUAUAUGAACGUGAACGACAUCGCCAAAGUGAGCGGAAUGGCUUUAUUGAAUGUGCUCAUUGAUACGACCACGAUCGUUAAAAUUAAAAUCGGAAAGAGAAAGGUGGGACUGAAGUGGGGGGAAGAACUGAGCAAUUAUUAUCUUUAGCUUCAAAAAGACAGUUCGUCCAAAAAAUUGAGCAAGAAAGAGGUGGAUUUUGUGAAGCAGGUACACGUUUCCCCUCGGAUGUUGCCUGUUAAUUAACCUCUUUCAGUCAUUCGGUCAGUCUCUUCCCAUCUUUUUCGGUCUCUCACUCUACACUUUCUUUCCCGAAGUGUUGAACGAUCCGGCCCGAGCAUUCAUAUUGUCCACCUUAUUCUGGUGCUCUCUUCAUGCUUUUGACGGGUUCGUUCUCGCAUUAAUUCUCGGUAAAACAGGAUCCUUUUCAGGUUUAUCACAUUGUACUACAAUUCAGAUAUUCAGAAAUCUAUUCGAAAGGCGCUGAACAGAAAAAGUAAUAAUGGGAACACGUGCAUUGUGUUGGCCGGCAAAUCAACGUCUGGACUCGACUUGAAAUUUUAA